CCCGCAAAUCUUCUGAUAACGAACUCAUUUAAAUACACCGCAACGCUUCACUAAUUCAUCAGUUUCCCGCCAUUUGUUAGACGAGUGACAGUCGUUGUUUGUGUUCGGAAACCAUCUCAAAAUUAAAACAAAAUUCUCUUCGGAUCAGUCCAGCUGAUACGAUUUCACGUUGAAGUUUUUAAAUAGUAUUUUUCAUUUAGCAACAACCAGCAGGUUGUUGCUUAAAAGUUAAUAAAAGCUUUGAGAAUUACGCUAUCAAAGGGAGCACCGGCCUUGUCCGGCGCAUCUGGCUGUGCCGGGCGACGUGCGCCCGCCUGCCCCCGCCCGCCGCGCUGCUGGCGCCGCGCGCUCAACGUCGACCCGCCCUGGCAGCGAGCACGGGCCCGCUGACGCCACACCACGCGAUAUACCUGACACCUGUGGACUAGCGCUAGUGGGCCCCCACCACCGGCCUCUGUAACGUGACACCGAGCCCCGCGCGCCCGCGCCGAGGGGACAUCGCUUGCCUAUCUGCCGACCUCGCACAUCGAGGUUACGAUAGCCAAAGUCUACAAGACAACUAAACUUCGUACUAAGGACACCGAAGCUUAUCAAAAUACCGAGUAAAAUGAAGGUGAUUGAAGAGGAACAGCGCGUGCAGGUGAUGGAGGGGCAGUGGACCGCUGAAUCGGUGAUUAAGAGUAUCGUGGAAGAAGGGGGGCAUGAUGAACCCUUCUAUGUGAUGGACCUGGGCGAGGUGGUCGCCCGGUACCAUCAUUGGAAGGAGCUCAUGCCCAGGGUGGAGCCAUUCUACGCGGUGAAAUGCAACGACGACAAGCUGCUGGUGAGCACGCUGGCCGCGCUCGGGGCGGGCUUCGACUGCGCCUCCAAGGCCGAGAUUGAGAUGGUCACCGGCCUCGGAGUUAGACCAGAGCGCAUAAUAUUCGCUAAUCCGGCGAAGUUGGCGUCGCACAUCCGCUACUCGUCCUCCAUGGGCGUGGACCUGAUGACCUUCGACUCGGAGACGGAGCUCGUCAAGAUCAAGCAGCACAUGCCGCAUGCGCAGCUAGUGGUGCGUAUCCGCUGCGACGCGGCGGCGGCGCGCUGCCCGCUCGGCAUCAAGUUCGGCUGCGACCCCGUCACCGAGGCGCCGCGUCUGCUCAAGCUCGCCGCAGUCUUCGGACUGAGGGUUGUGGGCGUGUCCUUCCACGUGGGUUCAGGUGCGGAGGAGUGCGGCGUGUACGCCCGCGCUAUUCAGUACUGCCGCGCGCUCUUCACGCUGGGAGCUGCUGCAGGGCAUGCUAUGCAUCUUCUGGACCUUGGAGGAGGCUUCCCUGGACAUACCGGCUCUAGUAUACGAGAGACGGCUCAGGUGAUCAACGCGGCGCUGGACGCGAACUUCUCCGGCUGCGAGGUGCGCGUCAUCGCGGAGCCCGGCCGCUACUUCGCCUGCGCCGCCUACACCCUCGCCACCAUGGUCUACGCUAAACGAGAGGUGGCCGGUAAGGAGGGGGAGGUAGCGGGCGCGGGCGCGGGCGAGGGCGCGGAGACGCACACCAUGUACUUCAUGAACGACGGCGUGUACGGCUCCUUCAACUGCCUGCUGUACGACCACCAGGAAGUCACCCCCGUGCCUCUCAACACGGCGGAGGGGAUUCCCCGCAGCUCUUCCUUCUGGGGCCCGACUUGCGAUAGUCUGGACUGCGUGGUGCCGCGCAUGCGCAUCCCUCCCCUGCCGCUGGGCGCGUGGCUCGUGUUCCGCGACAUGGGCGCCUACACCCUGCCAGUGGCCUCCGCCUUCAAUGGGUUUCCCGUGCCCAAGGUCCGAGCAGUAGUCGACCGUCGCCUCUGGUCCGUGCUCAAGGAACUCUGGCCCCUCACCGAGAAUCACUUCGCGGUGGCACCACCAGUGGCCCCGGCACCAGUGGCUCCUGUGGCACCAGUGGCCCCUGUAGCACCGGAACCACAUCGCGCGGUGUUCGUGGAAUGCGCUCUCAAGUGAGCGCACGUUCAGAGCUUACAGGCCUAUAUUUUAAACCUUGUCACUAAAAUUUUACCGUUUUUCUCUGAUUUUGAUAAUAUUGACAUAUUCUUAUCCUAACAUUUGUUAAACUAAAUUAUGACUAGUUAUUGUCAAUGUCAAAAGAAUAUGAUCAUUUUUGUACUGUAACUGUUGUUUUUUUCUUUUGGCGGCUUUCUAUAUCAAAGUAGAUAUUUUACUAUAACUAAAUUAACGGCGAUAGCGCCUCUAACGGGAAAAAUAUCCUUUUUUGGCUACAGGAUACACAUGUUCAGUUUUAACUGAAAAAUCGAUCUGUACAGUUGAAACUGAAUAUUUGUUACAUUUUAGCGGUUACAGUUUUCAGUUUUAUCUACAAACUUGAGUUUUAAAGGUAAAGUUCGACGGUUCAGUUAAAACUGAAUGUUUAGGGAUGAGAAUGUGUCAAUUCCAAGUCUUUUAAGUUACAUCAAAAUUCAAUUCAACUAAAA